CUGCCAUGUCGCUUUAGCUUCUGUCACUCAGCAGCGCGCUAGUGUGUGAGUAAGGAGCCGGUGGUUUGCGCAUGCGCGGUCCUGCCGCUCCCUCCCGGUUUCUGCUGCGCUGAACUACUUAGUCCCCCUUUUCAUAAAGACACAAAAUCAAGAUUUAAAAAAAAAUAGAGCAUCUCUCUGACACAUGCAGCAUGGCGGCUAUAUUUGGAAAGAUUCUUAUCGGGAUCUACGUGGAAAUCAAAAGAAGCGACGGACGAAUACACCAGGCCAUGGUCACGUCGCUUAAUGAAGACAAUGAAAGCGUCACUGUGGAGUGGAUUGAAAACGGGGACACAAAAGGCAAAGAGAUUGACCUGGAGAGCAUUUUCGCGCUAAAUCCAGACCUUGCGCCUGAUGAAGAGAUCGCACAAAGUCCAGAGACCCCGCCUCCUCCUGUGUCAAGUUCUGUUAAAGUUAACAAGAUCCCCACAAAUAAGAAUCGCCGCACGGUAGCACCACCUAAGAAUGAAACACCUGCGAGGGAUAACCGAGUCAUAGGUACGACGAGAGCACGGCCCAGCCAACAGAUGGAACAAGCUCCUAGUGCUCCAGCUCCUCCUCCCAUCCAGCACCAGACGCUGCAGCAGCAGCAGAACGCUCGCAGGAAGUCAAACUGUGUGAAGGAGGUGGAGAAGCUGCAGGAGAAGAGGGAGAGGAGGCGCAUGCAGCAGCAGGAGCUCAGGGAGAAGAGAGCACAGGAUAUCGAUGCAUCAACCCCUAAUUAUGAAAUUAUGUGCAUGAUCCGGGACUUCAGAGCCAGUCUGGACUACAGGCCACUGACUACUGCUGAUCUGAUUGAAGAGCACAGGAUAUGUGUGUGUGUUAGGGCACGGCCACUGAACAAAAAAGAGAUGAGCUUGAAGGACUUGGAUGUCAUCACCAUCCCGAGUAAAGAUGUCGUCAUGGUCCACGAACCCAAGCAAAAAGUGGAUUUAACGAGAUACCUCGAGAACCAGACGUUUCGCUUUGAUUAUGCCUUCGAUGAUACUGCCACCAAUGAAAUGGUUUACAGGUUUACUGCCCGGCCGCUUGUAGAGACCAUAUUUGAGAGGGGGAUGGCUACAUGCUUUGCAUACGGACAAACGGGAAGCGGUAAAACUCAUACAAUGGGUGGAGAUUUUUCUGGGAAAAAUCAGGAUUGCUCCAAAGGGAUCUACGCACUGGCAGCACGGGACGUUUUUCUAAUGCUAAAGAAGCCAAACUACAAGAAGUUAGACCUCCAAGUUUAUGCCACCUUCUUUGAAAUUUACAGUGGAAAGGUGUUUGACCUGCUGAACAGGAAGGCGAAGCUGCGAGUUCUAGAGGACGGCAAGCAGCAGGUGCAGGUCGUAGGACUGCAGGAACGAGAGGUUCAUUGCACCGAGGACGUCCUCAAACUCAUAGAAAUGGGCAACAGUUGCAGGACUUCUGGACAGACCUCAGCCAACGCACACUCCUCUCGCAGCCAUGCUGUUUUCCAGAUCAUUCUGCGGAGGAGAGGCAAAAUGCACGGCAAAUUCUCCCUCAUAGACUUGGCGGGUAAUGAGCGUGGGGCGGACACGUCCAGCGCCGACCGCCAGACUCGCCUCGAAGGGGCAGAGAUCAAUAAAAGUUUACUGGCUCUGAAGGAGUGCAUCAGAGCCUUGGGUCGCAACAAGCCUCACACUCCGUUCCGAGCCAGUAAGCUCACGCAGGUUCUGCGAGACUCCUUUAUUGGCGAGAACUCCCGAACGUGCAUGAUUGCCACUAUCUCUCCUGGCAUGGCUUCUUGUGAAAACACCUUGAAUACACUGAGAUACGCCAACAGAGUGAAGGAGUUUGGGAUAAGCCCCUCAGACAUCCCCUUCUCUCAGGGGGGAAGCGGCCGCUCUGAACUCUCUCCUACCUACGAGUACGAUGACUUUGCUUCCUCACCCAGCAGAGUAAAGGAGCUUACUGUCGACCCGGGUGCGGUGAUGGAAGGCAGAACAGGAGGCCAUCAAGUGAGCCAGCUGGACGUGCUGGAGCCGCAGUGGGGGGUGGGCAGCUCUCCUCAGAGAGACGAUCUCAAACUGCUGUGUGAACAGAAUGAGGAAGAGGUCUCUCCUCAGCUUUUCACCUUCCAUGAGGCCGUGUCUCAGCUGGUGGAGAUGGAGGAGCAGGUUCUGGAGGACCACAGAGCUGUGUUUCAGGAGUCUAUACGCUGGCUGGAAGAUGAGAAGGUGCUUAUAGAGAUGACGGAGGAAGUGGACUAUGACGUCGACUCGUACGCAACACAGCUCGAGCAAAUUUUGGAUCAAAAGAUUGAAAUCUUAACAGAGCUCAGAGAUAAAGUGAAGUCGUUCAGGUCUGCUCUUCAGGAGGAGGAGCAAGCCAGUAAGCAGAUCAACCCCAAACGGCCACGAGCCCUCUAACGCUCGGCGCACGCUGAUUACAGAUCCAGCAGCUGAAAGAGGAAACUGCAGAUCUCCAGGUUUUCAGCAUUUCACCCUCAUCUCUGUGUACAUGAGUAACUUUCCACCGAUUGUACGAAUUCCUUUUCAUUUCAAAGAGAGUUAAGAAGCACACUUUUACGCCUAAUUGUAUAGUAUUAACAUGAAUUCCGGUUCUAACUAAAAUGACUUUUAUAAUACCAUACAAUUGAACGCCACAAUACGAUGUAAAAGAGGUAGUGAAAAGAGAUUUUGAAUAAUUGCAUGCACACAGUGGCUCUGAUCGUACUCGCGCAUUCCCUUACAUCUGCACUCACCUGUGUAUAAACUACAUUUUCACUGGAUACGGCUGCUUUUAAAACAUGUACUGACUCCUCAAUUUAUGUAACAGUGGCCCUUGAUGUGAAGACCUCCAAAGAUGAAAAAGAGAGCAAACUGCAGAACAUCACAUACUUUCCAUAAAGUCAGUAAUCAUCUGCUUGAGUGAGCCACACUGCAGAUGAUGCAAAUCGAAAUCUCAGCUGUGUUCCAAUGUUGGUUUUAAAACACCGCCCCACCUCGCCUUGCAUAUUAAGGGCUAGUUCAGUACCUUAUUAGCUCGUUAAGUAUGGGAGGGCUGAGUGAUUGACAACAUGCAACUGAAUAUGAAUGCAUUAUUCGGAAUGAACAGAUAAUGUUUAGUAAAAAAAGUCACUUUCAUGCAGGCAUGACUGAGCAGUCAGAUAUGAAGCUGGCGGGACAAAGAAAGACUAGUGAUGCACCUACAGCGUUCAUUCAGUCAUCUUUAGUAACACCCUGGUCAGGGUCACAGUGGUUUAAAUUUGGAUACUAGUUUGUUUAUAUUCGGGAAAAUGAACUCAUUAGGAAAUACUGCAGCACUGUUACGCAAAAUGUUACGCACUGGAGUGAUGUAGCUGAGGCUGAGGAACUGUAAGAGUCCGAAUUAACCCCUCCAUGCUACCAAUGCUGCCAUUUCUACAUGUCUUUUUCCCAGUAUUUCCAGAGGAAAUAUUGAUAGAGUUCAUAUUUAAUCCAUAUUUAAUAAAUUUAACAAAAACCCAGCCCUUCCAGUUUAGGCCACACUCACUUCAGCUAUAAAUUUCUGUUUCCUUUUCUACACAGUGAAAAAAAAAAAAAAAAUUUUAAAAAAUAUAUGCAGGUUCUAUGUAGCCAGCUAUACAUGACAUGCUCUCAUUAGCAAGCACAAUUUUUAUCAUGUUUUUGGCUCGUCAUUGCAAUGAUUUGAUAUUAGGCCAGCGUGACUGUAUCUAGUUUAGAGUAAAUUGUUUUUCUGUACACUCUGCCUCUUUUCCUUUGAGUGCACACUUCUGAGGGCAAAUCAACGAAGGUGUGUUAAAAAAAAAAAAAAAAAAGUAUUGGAAUGAAGGACUAUCACUACGGUCAGGUUGUAGACAUUAGCCUAAUCACCGCUCAUGUUCACACUGAUGUAACACACCUGAGACUAAAUACCGACGCACAAACAGAUUAAAAAUCAUGACUGACAUCAUAACAUUGUCGCUUAGGCAAUAAAGAGAAUUAGGGAAGUAUUUGUGUUGGUGGUUGAGACUUGAAGACAGGAAAUGGAAUAAAGCAUUGUUAUAGUCAGCAUCUUAAAUGUGUAAACAGAGGAGUAUGAAGUGGGCAUUCCAAUUGCAGCUGUUACUGUACUUCAGUGUUUUUUUGUUUUUUUUUGUGUGUGUGUUUUUGUAGCCACUAAAUUUAUAUGCACUGAGUCUAAUGUGUGAUUGCUGCUGUCCUUUACAGUCAGUCAUGUCGUGCUGAGUUCAGCUUGUUUCACUCACACACUACCUCUGCGUGAGGUGAUGCGGCACUCAAACAGCACUGCGUCUAGAGAAUAGUUGAGCACAACUGAGUGAAAAACUAGACAGUGAAAAUGAGACAAAUCUGAAUAAAAUUAAGAAACGUAAAUUCAAUUUUUUUUUUUUUUUUAAACUUUCUCCCAAUUUUCUCCCUAAUUUGGUCUUGGCCAAUUCCUAUCCACCAAUCAGCUCUCCUCUAUCAUACGACAGCUACCAACCAGGGAGGGUGACCAAGCUACCCACAAGCUACCAACCAGGGCGGUCAAGCAUGCUUCCUCUGAGACACGCAUCUUUUCAAACUGCUGCUCAUGGGAGGCUUAACACACUCAGAGGAAAGUGCUAUCUGCAAUCAUAAGCUCACAAACACCCAUUAUUAGAUAUUAGAUAAAACAGUGGUUGGUUAAAGCAGAAAAGAACAACAUUUUAUCCAAACAACAUUUCGAAGAAAACUAAGACUAAUAACCACUACUAGGGGUUUCGAUAACCCUAGCUGAUAUGGCUACAUGUACACAAGCCACAGAGUACCGUAUAGACUACGCCAUUAAAAAACAAUUACAUCCCGCUUUUACAGUGUUAGCAGUAAUUAAAUGUAAUGAUUGCCCAGUAACAAGUCUGAAAAUUUGACUACUUGCUCAUUUGGAAACAGGGUGUCUGCAUGUGUGAAUGAGUAACAUGUGCAAGCUGCAUCACAUCACACAGAGAGAUCUUUAUUCUCUUCCGUUAAUCAAUCAUCUAAAUAUGUAUUCCAUUUGAAAGCUGUUUUUAAAAAGAAUAAUGAGAAACUCUUGAUCCUGAUGCAGCUUAAACUUUGUGGCAUUGAGUGUGUAUGUGAGAGCGCGCGCGCGUGUGUGUGUGUGUGAGUGAAUGUACACAUCUGAUGUAUUGCUGGCAUAAAGAAUAAAGAACCCCGUAAUGACUGGA